GGAUUGGUCAGUAGGUGGCAUAUAGUUAUUUUGCGCGGUGAUUUUGGAUCGGUUCUCGCCAUGCGUCACGCCAACGCGCGAUGAACGGAGUCUUUCAAAAGAGGCACUCAAAAGAGGUUCUCGUCGAAUGCGGACUGAGGCGACGUCGGCGGCGCGUGACAGGUGCGCGGGACGAUCUGCACAUAUGGUUUGAACUGACAGUCCAUCAAACGGAGGAAAGCGGGCCUUUCCUCCUUUAAACUGUGAUUUAGGAAUCUGAGAUCCCGUCGCAUUCUCACACAUCGCAAGAUCGAGACACGUUUCUCCGACUGCCCACGUAAUAUCUUUGCAAUUAUGUCUUAUCACCUCGCGAAGAAGUGCGUCAGCGCAAAUUAUCUCUGUCAUAUGCUGACACGUGUUCGACCUGUGAUCUGUAUUCAAAGAUGUGGCUAUGCUCACGAUAUAGAUAUAAGCCUGAAUGGUGGACCAGUUAGUGUUCUAAAACAAAGAAUAGCGAGAGGUGAGCUGGCAAAUGAUCCACAUCAGAUAAAAGUAGCACAAACCUUGCAAAGAAUUUACCAAGAAGUCUAUGAUUAUAAACCACAACAAUUAAAUCUACUGGAAAAAUGGUUUGGUGGCAAGAAGAGGGAUGCGCCAAAAGGGUUAUAUAUUUAUGGAGCAGUGGGUGGAGGUAAAACAAUGUUGAUGGACCUAUUUUACAAUUGUUGUCAGAUUAAAAAAAAAAGAGUUCACUUUCAUUCUUUUAUGCUGGAUGUGCAUAGCAGGGUGCAUGAGGUGAAGAAAACCAUUAUUCGAGAUGUUACUAGCACUAAGUUACAGCCUUUUGAUCCAAUACCUCCAGUCGCCUCUGGCAUUGCGGAGGAGACUUGGCUCUUAUGCUUCGAUGAAUUUCAGGUGACAGACAUUGCAGAUGCGAUGAUAUUGAAACGACUGUUCACAGAGCUUUUCGAUAACGGUGUAAUAGUAGUCGCGACUAGUAACAGAUCGCCGGAUGAUUUGUACAAAAACGGACUGCAGAGAGGAAAUUUUGUACCAUUUAUAAAAGUGCUAAAGGAUCAUUGCUUAGUUAGCAACUUAGAUUCGGGGAUAGAUUAUAGAUUGAAGUCAGAAUCCGGAAGUAAGAAGAUAUACUUCAUAAAAGGCAAGGAUGCGACGAACGAUGUAGAUAAGAUCUUCAAAUAUCUGUGUUCCAUGGAGAAUGAUAUAAUACGACCUCGUACGCUUUCUAUAAGAGGACGCAAUGUCACUUUUCGGAAAACCUGCGGGCAGGUGUUGGAUUCCACGUUUGAAGAAUUGUGUGACAGACCUCUUGGAGCGAGCGAUUAUUUGCAGUUAAGUCAAAUAUUUCAUACAGUCAUAAUAAGGGACGUACCUCAGUUGAAUCUACGACUCAAGUCUCAAGCCAGACGAUUUAUUACUCUUAUUGAUACAUUAUAUGAUAAUAGGGUACGGGUAGUUAUGUCGGCGGCUGUACCACACACUCAAUUAUUUUUAUCGGAACACGAGUCUGAAUACACUGACGAGAAAAGAAUGCUGAUGGACGAUUUAAAGAUUUCGCAUGGCUCGGAGGAUCACAAGGCCAACAUUUUCACUGGAGAGGAAGAAAUCUUCGCAUUCGAUCGUACCGUCUCACGUCUUGCCGAGAUGCAGACCUCACAGUAUUGGGAACAGUGGGAGCAUCAUAGAUAAUGAUAAUUUCAAAACUAGCAUAAAUAGAUUUAUAUGUAGCUGUACGAAUUCAUUUAUUUAAGACAAUGUGUUGUUAGUAUUAAUGAUGUACUCGUAUGAGACGAUCUCUCGGGCAAAGUUACUUAGUUUUCGUCAGGUGCGCGUGUUUCGCUUGAUGCGCAACUUUCGCGCUCCUUUUUCAGUAUUUUAUUUCGUAAAUUAUUUUCUUAGGACUAAUAUUUUGACCUCUAACAUUAAAUUAUUUAUAUUAUUUAUGAGCAUGAAAUCAUGUGCCGAUUGCCGAACCUUACAAAUGUAUAUUUGUAUCUAUAUGUACAUACGCUGAAGUCUUAAUUACAUAAAAUUUUGCACUGAUAA